GAGAUGGUCUCACACUCUCGCAGUACUUGGCCAGCACACGUUAAUCCAUUUCCACGACAGGAUGGGGCUUAAAUUUCUCAACUUUGGCCAUCGCUUGUGCUAAAGAUCACUUUUUUUGGUUCCCUUUUUCAUUUUCCUAAGCUCGUCUUGAUUCCAUGGAGGUGGCCUUUCGCUGCACCUGUUCCCGCUACCGAGCAGACUUGGCGGCUUGCAGCUUCUGCGGCGCCUUCCCGCUGGCGCCGGAGGAGCCGCACGACUGGCCCGCUGUGGGGAGGUUGUUGGGAGGGGCCUGGGGUUUCCGGCAUGUACUCUGGUUGGCUAUCGCCGUGCUGUUAGGCCCUCUUGUUGGGCUUUUCGCUCUUGGUGGAGCUUUCUUGGGAGCAAUUGCGGGUGCUUUAGCUGGUCGAGCAUCUAAUCGUGGUCUUAUACAAGGAGCGGUGUUAGGAGCCAUUGCUGGAGCGGUAUUGUCAAUGGAGGUUUUGGAAACGUCCCGUGCCUAUUGGUGUCGAGAGCAAACAGACGUACCUGGCACAUCAUCUAUGGUAGAUGAUGAUAGUUGGAGGUUCAUUGAAAUUCCUGAUGUAUAUGAUGAGUUAGUAUCCAGAGGAUUGUCACAAGAUGCUCUGAAGAGACUGCCGUCUGAGGUCAUCAUGGAAGACAUGAAGGCAAUGCAGAGCAUUUGCUGUGCAAUUUGUUUGCAGGAUAUCGAAGUCGGAGAAACUGUAAGGAGCUUACCCCUUUGCCACCAUGUGUUUCACUUGACAUGUGUUGAUAAGUGGCUCCUUAGGUGCGGUUCAUGCCCUGUUUGCAGACAGCAUGUCAAGUGUAAAGCUCUUUGCAUCUCGUAGAGGAUGUAAACUUUGGAUCGGAGGACAUAGCUUUUAACACGUUCCCUGCUCAUUGUGCUCUAAUUAAGGCACUCGUGGAGGCCUGAGGCCUUUGCCGAGGUAAAGCUGACCAUUUUUCAUGAGCGCUCUCAUGCAGCGCUGCCCUUGUGAUCCUGUGGUGCGGCUGCUCCAUCACGGUCACGGUAGCUCUUGCGUGACGGAGGAUUUAUAGAGACGAUAUAGCAUUUCUAGCAGGAUAAUUGUAAAUCCCUCCAUCUCUUUGUAUAGACUCGAGAAGUUGAAAGGUCAUGUUCAAUGGGCUUCCGACUUUU